GCCGGCUCCCCCCCCAGCGUGCGGGUGAGGGCGGGAGCGCUGCAGUCGGUCGCGGUUUGGGACCCCAGCCCGGCGGUCUUGGCCGCUCGCGACUUGCGAGGGCUCGGAGCGAGGCUCCUGAAAGCUUCAGGGGAAACCUGAUUUAGGGACAGCUCGAUGGCUCUGGGUGAAGAUGAGGCAGAGGUAGAAGCAUCUGUCGAAACGAAGGCCCAGUCUUGUGGCAGGUGGAACUGUGGGGAGCAGGACCUGCUACCCCAGGGUCCUGAGCCGCAGCAGCUUCCACAUCUGGAAGUUGAGGGAGCACCGGUGUGGAGGACUGAGGCUGACCCUGCCUGCACCUCUGGAGCGUUCCUGUCACGGGCCCACGUUGCCAGCAGAGAGCCUGUAGCAGAUGGGUCUAAGCUUGCCCUCAGUGGCCCACUUCCUCCUGCCAGCAUGGGGACUGGAGACCUUUUGCACUCCAUGGGAAGCCAAGCCAAGGAGACCAAGCUUUCUGCCUCCCAGAGCACACUUCAGAGUGUUAAUGUCCUCAGAAGUACAGCUGUCUGCUCAGGACAGAAUUCUAGUACUCAAGAUGACGCAUCCCCAGUAGAUUCACCUCCAUUGCUGGACCUCAGCCAGCAGCCUCAUGUCUCAGGUUUCCCUUUCCUCUCACCAUGGAAGUCCACAGAGAACCCAGGUGCUCCUCAGCUCUCUAGCAGAGACAUCUCUGCCUCCUCCACAGGCAGCAGUUUUCUGGAUCACCAAGAGAAGGUAGAGCCUCCAAGUGGUUCCUUUGCCAAGGUCUCUUCCCUGGAGCUGAUUGUACCUCCGGGAGCCUCCUCUGUGGCGGGGCCAGGGCCUCGGUGGUCACCACAGCCUAAGGCUUCUGGGGGUGAUGUUAUUGGCCUGGGUAGGAGACAGCUCUCCUUCCAGGCUGAGUACUGGGCCUGUGUGCUACCAGAUUCUCUGCCUCCUUCCCCUGACCGCCACUCCCCACUCUGGAACCCAAAUAAAGAGUAUGAAGAUCUGCUCAACUAUACUUACCCACUGAGGCCUGGACCUCAGCUCCCAAAACAAUCUGAAAGUCAUGUGCUGACUGACCCUGUCAUGCAGGACUCAGGUGUAGACCUGGACAGCUUCUCUGUCUCACCAGCAAGCACCCUCAAGUCACCCACUAAUGUUUCACCUAACUGUUCAUCAGCAGAGGUGCCUGCUUUGCCAUUUUCUGGUGCCAGAGAGCCAUGCCUUAAGCAAUGGCCCUUGGGAGUACCCCAGAAGCAAGGCAGCAUAGGCCUGGCAUCAUGGAACCAGCUUGCAUCAUCAACCCCUAAAGCCCCAGACACUGACAGUGUCCCUUGGGAGAGCAGAGAGGCAGCCCUGAGGGAUACACAAGACUAUCUACCAACGGGCAAGCACUUCAAGGUGGAUUCUCCCCAACUGAGGACAAGGGAGCAAGGGCUGCCCUUGCUCAGACCAGAGAGGGAAAAAAGAGCCAGCCAGAGUGUUUGGCACCCUGCCUGUGUGAAGCCUACAUGGAAAUCUGAAGAGGAGAUGGACUGUGAUGAUGAGUACCUUGCCCUGCCCACCCGCCUGACACAGGUUUCUAGUUUAGUUUCCUAUCUAGGUGCAGUUCCCACCUUUGUGAGCCUGCCCACCAUGGCUGCUGAGGGGCAGAGCUCCCUGGGAGGGUCAGACAGUGGUGAGCCAGCCUCCCCCACAGUGGACUCCACCCAAAGGCAGCGUCCUUCUAGUACUGCCUUCCGGGGGCCUGAAGGCCAGAACUCCUGCUUCCUGCACUCCAUCCACCCCCGGGACUCCACAGUUCUGAUGAGCAGCCAGGCCCUUGGAGUCUCAUCUGGACUGCUGAAAACUCAUCCUUCCUUGCCAGCUGUGUCGGACAAGUGGCCUUUCUCAGAGGCAGAUGUCAGAGAGAAACUUCCCAGGAAAGCAGGGGAGCAGGACAGAGCCUCUCUGGUGCAGUGUGUGCAGACAUUUUGCUGUCAGCUAGAAGAGUUGAUCCACUGGUUGUAUAAUGUCACAGAUGUUGCUGACCUUGGUUCUCCACCCAGGUCCAGUCUUACAGGUCUCAAGUCUUCUCUGCAGCUUUACCGGCAAUUUAAGAAAGACGUGGAUGAACAUCAGUCCCUGACAGAGAGUGUCUUAGAGAAGGGGGAGGUUCUUCUUCAGUGCCUGCUGGAUAACACCCCAGUUUUAAAGGAUGUCCUUGGGAGGAUUGCAAAGCAGUCUGAUGAGCUGGAGAGCCAUGCAGAUCACCUUUAUGAUUCUAUCUUGGCCUCUGUGGACAUGCUGGCUGGCUGCACACUCAUUCCUGACAAAAGGCCAACAGCAGCUAAAGAACACCCAUGUGAAGGAAUUUAACAUGGCAUCAUCUCAAGCAGAGAAACAAUCAUCAACCAAAAGUCGGCUCUUUCAAAGAACUUCUUGUAAAGACCACUUAGCAGUUAAGUCAAGGGGGAAACACAGCUUUAAUGUACUAGCUUUAGAAUGUCUUUCCUUUCUCUAAGGGCUCAAGUCAUUGUUUUCACUACAAGAAUCCCUCUCAACAAAGGCAAAAUUUCUAUUUGGUGCUUCUCUACAGAAAGUACCUGGCUUUGCAAGUUUUUGUAAAAUACUAAUCGACUUACAGGUCACAUUUCCCUCCUCCAGUUAAACAGCAGACAAUACUUACUGAGGUUAUUUACUGUGGGCUGCUUGAGAAGUUUCUGAGUACUUGGCAUUCUCUGGCAUACAUGGGGAUGGGAUCUAAGAGUGAAAAGCUGACCCAAAACCUUAACAUUUGUAAACUUCCACCAUGAUUGUUAGAAGACACUUGAGUCCUUAGUCUACCACAGAAAAACAGGAAAUGAAUAGAACCUCCACAAAGUAAGUCUUUUGGGCAUUAGGACAUCUAUUUGCCAGCUUCAGGGUAUAGGUCUCCACCUUCCUGUUAACGCUGACCCUAGAAGAAAAUGCAUCAAGGAGCUGAAGACCUGCCAUUAUACUUUGGAAUGACUUUGGUUACCUCUGGGGGGACUCAGUCCCCCACUUGUACUUUCCAAGGCUGGGGAAGGGGAUGGGUGAGGCCAUACAGUCUGGUCAGUACAGAAAUUAAAGCUGCCAGUGGUGAAGAAAAAAAAGAGAAAUUUUUUGUUGCUUAGGAGUCAACAACAGAUUGAAUGGGAAAAGAAUUGUUCAAAGCAUUAGUUAAUAGAUUUUGAAGCCUACAGUAAAUAUCAAAGACGGGCAUUUCAGCUUCAGAAAUGUUCAGACUUCAUAGUCACUAGAAAAUAGCUGUUGUGUUCUGGCGUUUAAAAAGACUGCUAUUCAGUAGUAGCUACACAUACAGGAUUACAUAUGCUGUACAGUAUGUAUGGUUUACCAUAAUGCUUAUGGGCACGAUCCAGAUUCAAUUGUGCCAUCUCCAAAUCUUAAUUUCUCCUGUACACGAUACACAAUGUGCUUUCAAGAGAAAAAGCCUCCCUAGCAAAUGAUUGUCAAUUAUAAGAAUAUAUGCAAAACAUCCUUUAAACCUAGAAUUGGUUAAAAAUAGAUACAUUUCACCUUUGAUGUGGCCUUCCCACUGAAGAUAAGAGCAGUCCUUAGGAGUUAAACCCCUUUGACAGACAUGAAAAUCAGCCUAAAAACUGAAGAUGACCUUACUGAAAACAACUAGCCAAGUACACCAAUUGAACACAGAAUGUGACACUCUCUCAAUGUGUAAUUAUAAUCAGCUUCAACUGACAAUUUCCAGAUUAUUUUAUUUGGGAUAUACUGUUUUCCGAAUAAAAUACCAUAUGGAUGAUCUGUAUUUUUGGUCAUCCUCUUUGAAAUAAAAAAGAUUAGAUGAACCUGGGUGUGAAUACCACUAAGGAGUCUCAAAUACAGUUGUUUAUAAUCUUCAGCUGUGUGUGAAGGCAUUUGAGCUGAAACUGCCUCAGUCUAGGACAGUGGUGCCAACACUAUUUCCGUGGGCAGAUACGGUCAAGUUACCUUCAGGUAGUCACACUGGCUAGCAGUGUACUGCCACACUAGAAUUUUUAAGUAUGCACUUAAUGGCAUUAAUGGGUAAUAGCAUUUGAGUCCACAGCGAAGUGGCAUUUCAGGACUGGAUUCUUGCCCAUGGCUAAGCUCUAGCAACGGGAGACUGCUACAGUACAGGGCGAUUUUGAAACUUAAAUGGAACCCAAAGAAGGGGUGGCGAGUGGCAGUAUAUAUGCUGAAGGGGAUUUCUACCGCAUGUCAGCAUGGGAAGUUACUGCUUAGACCACAGUGACUACCGUUCUUUAGGAGGACUUCCCCCAGUGACUGCCACUGCUUAGAAUAUUCUUAUGCAAGCUAAUUAUGGCAGCCACUUGUUCUUUAUUAUGCAAACAGAUGAAAACUCAUAAGCCUUGAAUGUUUGUACUUGAAAAAUGAGAUACUGAAAGAGAAUGGAAAAUCCCAAUUUUGCUACCAUUGGAGAAACACUAGAAUUUUAUAAACUAAGUCUGUAAAUAUGUUUAUGUAAAAUUAUAAAAUUCAUGUGAUGUUUUCUGGUAACCAAGAAUAAGCUGACAGUCUGAAUAACUUUUACUGUAUGAAGCUAUAGUGCAUGGCAUCAUACUGUCUUAUGUUGGUUUGUGUCAUUUAGUUAUAGAGAAGUUUAUAAACUCGUUCCUCUUUUGUAUUGAUAAGCCAAAAACAAAAUCUUGACCCCAAUAAUUAUUUUAACUUCAGGAAUUUCCAAAUGCCUUAUAUAAGGAUGAAUAGAUCCAACAAGCACGUCUAUAAUACAAAGUAAACUAUGAUUUUAUUGUGAAAUUCUCAUAGAUGGAAAAUUAAAUUGAAUAUUUAUUCUGUCCAUUUCAUUUUACAAUAAUCUUACCACUUAUUUUUGUACCAUGUAUUUCAAUUGUCUGUUUAGUGAAAAAUAAAGAAACCUAUAAUUUUUUGGCUUAUUUUUAGUUUAAUAGUUUUUUUACCAUUAAAGAUCCCGUAAUGUGUUGCCAACAGCCACAUCCUAGGCCCCAUGUGAAGAAUAUCUGGCUGCUACUUAAACCAAAGGAAACAAUCUUUGACCUCUGUCAUCUUAAAAUGCUAGUGUCUGCUAGAGACUUCAUUUCCCACAGUAAGACAAAAGCAAAGUCUAGGAUCUCAAAGGUCCUAUUUAACAAAAUUUCCACACAUGCAAAAAUUUCACCGAAAUAUAUUAUUUCUCUCAUCAUUCCCAUCUAGCAUUCAUGUUUUCAGUUAAUUUUUAGGGAUAUAAUUUCUAUAAUUAGGGCAAUCAACAUUUCCUGCUUUCUACUCUAAUGCUUAAACUCCUCCAAUGUGAGUUAUACAACUAUAAAGAAUAAAAAAGUUUGAUAUCUAGAGGUGGAGGCAGGCGAUCAGGAGUUCUCGGCUACAUAGUGAGUUUGAGGCCACCUUGGGGUACUUGAGAUACUGUCUCAAAAAAAAAAAAAAAA